GCCCGUCUCCGGGCGCUCGGCGACGUGCGCGUGCGCGCGGCCGGGGAAGGCGGAAGCGGAAGUCGGGGGCGCGCCGGCGUCGGCUGGGGACGGGCUGGGGCGGCCAUGGGGCGCGGCAGCGGCACCUUCGAGCGGCUUCUAGACAAAGCCACCAGCCAGCUUCUGCUGGAGACAGACUGGGAGUCCAUCCUGCAGAUCUGUGACCUCAUCCGCCAGGGGGACACGCAAGCCAAGUACGCAGUGAGCGCCAUCAAGAAGAAGGUCAGCGACAAGAACCCCCACGUGGCCUUAUAUGCCCUGGAGGUGAUGGAGUCGGUGGUGAAGAACUGCGGGCAGACGGUGCACGACGAGGUGGCUAGCAAGCAGACCAUGGAGGAGCUCAAGGAGCUGCUCAAGAGGCAGGUUGAAGUGAGUGUGCGGAACAAGAUCCUAUACCUGAUCCAGGCCUGGGCACACGCCUUCCGAAACGAGCCCAAGUACAAGGUGGUGCAGGACACCUACCAGAUCAUGAAGGUGGAAGGCCACGUCUUCCCUGAGUUCAAGGAGAGCGACGCCAUGUUUGCAGCAGAACGGGCCCCUGACUGGGUGGACGCCGAAGAGUGUCACCGAUGCCGGGUACAGUUUGGCGUGGUGACCCGGAAGCACCACUGCCGGGCCUGUGGCCAAAUCUUCUGUGGGAAGUGCUCGUCCAAGUACUCUACCAUCCCAAAGUUCGGCAUUGAGAAGGAGGUGCGCGUGUGCGAGCCCUGCUACGAGCACCUCAACAGGAAAGCAGAGGGGAAGAACGUCCCCACCUCCCAACUGCCCCCCGAGUACCUGACCAGCCCUCUGUCCCAGCAGUCUCAGCUGCCCCCCAAGAGGGAUGAGACGGCCUUGCAAGAGGAGGAGGAGCUGCAGCUGGCCUUGGCACUGUCGCAGUCAGAGGCUGAGGAGAAGGAGAGGCUGAGACAGAAGUCCACCUAUGCCGCGUACCCCAAGACGGAGCCGCCGCCCACAUCAUCCUCAGCUCCUCCGGCCAGCAGCCUGUACUCCUCCCCCGUGAACUCAUCAGCGCCCCUGGCUGAAGACAUGGAUCCUGAGCUCGCUCGCUAUCUCAACCGCAACUACUGGGAGAAGAAGCAGGAGGAGGCGCGUCGGAGCCCCACUCCAUCAGCGCCCGCACCCUUAAGUGAGCCCGCACCCCCAACUGUGGACGGCCAUGGAGGCCCAGCUCCGGUGCUCGAGACACCCCUCCCAGACUCGGACCCGCAACCGGAGCCUUCCCCCGGGGGCCCUUUCAGCGAGGGCCAGGACGGGGAGGCAGAGGAGAACCAUGCCCAGUUCCUGAAGGCGCUGCAGAACGCCGUCACCACCUUCGUCAACCGCAUGAAGAGCAACCACGUGCGCGGCCGCAGCGUUAUCAACGACUCUGCGGUGCUGUCGCUCUUCCAGUCCAUCAACGCCAUGCACCCGCAACUGCUUGAGCUGCUCAACCAGCUGGACGAGCGCAGGCUAUACUACGAGGGGCUGCAGGACAAGCUGGCACAGAUCCGGGAUGCCCGCGGUGCCCUGAGCGCCCUGCGCGAGGAGCACCGUGAGAAGCUGCGCCGGGCAGCCGAAGAAGCAGAGCGGCAGCGCCAGAUCCAGCUGGCACACAAGCUGGAGAUCAUGCGUCAGAAGAAGCAGGAAUACCUGGAGGUGCAGCGGCAACUGGCCAUCCAGCGGCUGCAGGAGCAGGAGAAGGAGCGGCAGCUGCGCCUGGAGCAGCAGAAGCAGACGGUGCAGAUGCGCGCCCAGAUGCCUGCCUUCUCCCUGCCCUAUGCCCAGCUCCAAGCCCUGCCCCCAGCAGGCAGCGUGCUCUACCAGCCCACGGGCCCCACCAGCUUCCCGGGCACCUUCAGCCCAGCCAGCUCUGUGGAAGGAUCCCCGAUGCACACCGUGUACAUGAGCCAGCCUGCGGCAGCUGGGGGCCCCUAUCCCAGCAUGCCCAGCAGUGCAGCAGACCCCAGCUUGGUGAACGCCUACAUGUAUCCCGCAGGGGCCACCGCCGCGCCCGCUGCCCCCCCAGGCCCUACGGGACCUGCUGCCAGCCCAGCCUACUCCUCCUACCAGCCCACCCCGUCGCAGGGCUACCAGACCGUGGCCUCGCAGGCCCUGACGCAGCCUCCACAGUCCUACGUGGGCUACUCGCCCUACGGCAUGCAGAACGUCAUGACGGCGCUCCCCGGCCAGGACGCGACCCUGCCGCCGCCGCAGCAGCCCUACAUGGCGGGGCAGCAGCCCAUGUACCAGCAGGUAGCCCCCGCCGCCGGCCCGCCGCAGCCGGCCCCCGGCGCCCCGCAGCCGCCCGCCCAGGGGCCCCCGGUGCCCGGCAGCGAGGCGCAGCUCAUCUCCUUCGACUGACCCCGCGGCCCGCCCGGUCGCGCCCCCCGGCGACCCCUGCUAGGCGCCCUGCAUGGCGGGCGGGCGCGGGGCCGGCCCAGCUCCCCUAGACGCGCGAGCCGUGCAAUAAAGCCCUUCAGCAA